UUGAGCCCUGCCCGCGGCCAGGUUUGGCUCCUGCGAGCUCCCCUCAAGGUCACCGCGGGCACGGCCGGCCGAGGCGACAGCAGCUCGCCCCUUCGGGAGCCGCCUGGCAGCGGGCGGGGGCCGCGGCCCGGGGCGGCUGCUGGCCCCGAGCGGGCGGGCGCGGCGCCGUGGUUUCCGGCGGCCCCGGCGAGGCCGCGGAGGGCCGGGGCUUGCACAAGCCGUUCGGGGCUCGCCCCUUUCCCGGGCAGUCACAUGAGCAGAGCCGUCGGCGGGCCAGGCGCUCCCGCACGGCCAACAUGGAGCUGCGGGUGGCCCUCGGGCUGGCGCUGCUCUGCGCCGCGCUGGAGGCGGCACCGGCCGGCCCGCAGACCCGCUCCGCCGUGGGGCAGUUCUGGCAUGUAUCCGAUCUACAUUUAGAUCCGACUUAUCACAUUACCCCUGAUCGCACCAAAGUUUGUUCUUCUUCCAAAGGAGCCAAUGCCUCCAACCCAGGCCCAUUUGGAGAUUUUUUGUGUGAUUCUCCUUAUCAACUUAUUUUGUCAGCAUUUACAUUCAUGAAGGAUUCAAAAGAGCAGGUUUCAUUCAUGAUUUGGACAGGAGAUAGCCCUCCUCAUGUUCCUGUAAAAGAGCUCUCCACGAAGUUGGUCAUUAGCAUCAUUGGCAAUAUGAGUUCUACAAUUCGUAAUUUCUUUCCAGAUCUUCAGGUUUUCCCGGCCUUGGGCAAUCAUGACUACUGGCCACAGGAUCAGCUUCCUGUAACUACCAGUGAAGUUUACAAUGCUGUUGCCGAUUUCUGGAAACCUUGGCUAAAUGAUGAAGCAAUCAAUACGUUCAGAAAAGGUGGCUUCUACACACAGCUGUUUGAAUCCGGUGAUAGCUCUCAACCGCUCAGGAUAAUCAGUCUGAACACAAAUUUAUAUUACAGCCCCAACAGCCUAACUGUGAAUAUCACUGACCCAGCCAACCAGUUUGCCUGGCUGGAGGCAAUACUUGAAACCUCUUCACAAAACAAGGAAAAGGUAUAUAUAAUAGGUCAUGUACCAGUAGGAUACUUGCCAUAUGCAAGGAAUACUACAGCUAUAAGGGAGUAUUACAAUGAGAGACUGGUAAAGAUUUUUCGCAAAUACAGUAGUGUUAUUGCGGGCCAGUUUUUUGGACAUACACAUAGAGAUAGUAUCAUGGUCCUCCUGGAUGAAGAAGAAAAGCCAGUCAAUUCCUUGUUUGUGGCACCUGCUGUAACCCCAGUGAAGAAUGUAUGGCAAAUGGAGUCCAAUAACCCUGGUGUCAGAUUGUAUCAGUAUGAUAUUCUUGAUUAUACUUUGCUGGAUCUUUGGCAGUUUUACUUGGACCUCAGAGAUGCCAAUGAGAAAAAUGAAUCCAACUGGAAAUUAGAAUACAUCCUGACUAAAACUUAUGGCAUUGAAGACUUGAAGCCAGAAAGCCUAUAUGAAAUGGCCAAACAGUUGUCUAUGCCACACAGCACACUCUUUAAGCAGUAUUACAGUAACUUCAUUGUGAGUUAUGACAAAACCAUUGUCUGUGAAGAGGGGUGCAAGACCUGCCAAAUAUGUGCAAUCCAAUAUUUAGAUCACUCCUCAUACACAGAGUGUAUCCAGCGGGAGGCAACGUGAAGAUGAAAUCUCUGUGCAGUUAAUGCAGAUAGUGACUUUGCCUGUGAUUCAAAGAACCUGCUUGUUCUUUCGCUCAAGCACUGACGUACUGACAGGGAACCUGGGGAACUUCUCUGAAUUUCAGGGGAGCAGUAAAUCUCCCUAGAUCUUUCUUCUUGCAAACAUGUUGUCCUUUAUCAUCUAAAUAAAAGCUUAUUGACUAUGUAA